AUGGACGUAAAGAAAAAGUAUGAGCUCGAGGCGGCGCUCGCAAAGGAGGCGCAGCAGAUCUCGUCUGGCGCUCUCAAGGAAGAGAAUCCACUUGACCUGAGUGAGAACUUCAGCAUACUGUGCGAAGCGUGUCGGCGUGGCGAUCUGAAAGUUUGCCAGGAGAUGAUAUCGAGCGGGGUGAAUAUCAAUGCGAGAGAUAAGUUUGAUUACACCCCGCUGAUUUUGGCUAGUCUCUGCGGACAUUACGAAGUUAUACGAUUGCUCCUUGAGAACGGCGCCCUUUGCGAACGGGAUACCUUCCAGGGCGAGCGUUGUCUAUACAAUGCGCUCAACGAUCGAAUCCGGAAUCUCUUGCUGUCUUACGACUACGCAAAGUCGACGAAUCCACUGCAACCGCUUGCCGCGCACAUCACUUCAUUACUCUCACGAGACACGCCGAAGACGACGGAUAUCACCAUCGAAGCAUACGGCCAGGAGUUCCACUUGCACAAAUUCAUUCUGGCGGCACGGUCACCCUAUUUCGCAAAAAAGCUUGCUGCGGCGCCGUCAACCACAUCAUGGAAGCUGCCAAAUGCUAUACCCACAGAGUCCCUGAACAUCGCGCUGCAAUACCUUUACUUUGCUGAAGCGGCACUACGACCCCGGAUGAGCGAGGAAGAAGAGAUGGUUGUGCUCAAUGGCCUGGCCAAGAUCAGCCGGCAAUUGGAGAUCGAGAGGUUAUUCGAGAGUGUCACUGAGCUCAAGUCAGAUCGAAGACUCGUACGGCAACAGCGAACCGAAGAGUUAGAACGCGGACGAGACCAGAUGGAGGAGUGGUUCGAAGAUCAUAUCGUGAAGAACAAGAUUGUUGUAGAUACAGAUAAAGUCGACAAAAUAGAAUGGGACCGGGACAACUCGAUAUUCGCCGAUAUACUGCUAAGGGCGGACGAUGACGAUGAAGAGUAUUAUGAUUCUACGGACGACACCGCAUCCGCAGGGGCGUCUGAGUCGUUCACACCCCUUGUAAGGACAGCGGAAGGGCCCCUUCAUGGCAUUCCAGUUGGCCCUGUGCGAUCACGAUCACCAUCACGGCAACGGAGAAGUCCGAAAUCAACGAUUUAUCCAGCUCACCGUGCGAUGCUGUUAAGGUCGGAAUACUUCUUGACUAUGUUUACCUCGUCCUUUAGGGAGGCUCAGGAAACAUCACACCUGCAGAUUAUCAAAUUGGACUGCUCACCGGAAGUCUUGGAGGUGAUACUGCGAUUUAUGUACACCGAGCGUGCCGAUUUCGACCUACAGACGGCUAUCGAGGUUCUGUUUGCUGCCGAUCAGCUCUUCAUCGAGAAGCUCAAGCAGCGCGCCGCACUCAUUAUCUCUUCUCUCGGGAACGGAUCGACGUCCACAGUGGAAGCUGAGAAUCCACGGGGUGAGACGGAUGCCGAGGAGAUUGUCGACAUUUACGAAGUCAUACGCGCUGGUUGGGACACGCGUGUGCAAAGACUGGAAGAGUUUGGUGCGCGGUACAUUGCAUAUAGAUUGGAGCGCUACAUUGACGAACCGGAGUUUGCACAAAUUGUUCAAGAAUCCGCGAAGCGGGUGAAGGCCCGUCAGGAGACGGAUACAGUCGAGUUGGUCGACGACAUUCGUUAUUAUCUUUCCGAAAGAUUUAGGCUCCGCUUCGAGGACAGCGGUCUCGAUGAGAUGUUGGCCGAAGAGCCACGAUAUCAGGAAGGCGAGGAGCUUGCGGACUCUGUGGCGAGGAUAGACCUGGAAGGCAAGGAACCCGAAGAUGCCCUUGUGCCCGACAUCGAGGCACAGAUAGCAGCGGGUGCAGUAAGAACGCUUGACGGCGAGCUAGCUGGUGACGAGUUUGCCCAGGAUGCCAUCAAUUACCAGAUUUUGCUGGGCAAGAUCGACCGUCUACUGGAGAAGCUCAACCUGGAGGCUUAG